AUGUCGGACCUUCAAGGACGGAAGGUCUUCAAGGUCUUUAACCAGGACUUCAUCGUCGACGAGCGCUACACGGUCACCAAGGAGCUUGGACAGGGAGCCUACGGUAUCGUCUGUGCCGCCGUUAACAACCAAACCAACGAGGGCGUCGCCAUCAAAAAGGUCACCAAUGUCUUCAGCAAGAAGAUUCUCGCCAAGCGCGCUCUGCGCGAGAUAAAGCUGCUUCAGCACUUCCGAGGCCACCGCAACAUCACAUGUUUGUACGACAUGGACAUUCCUCGACCCGAUAACUUCAACGAGACGUAUCUGUACGAGGAGCUGAUGGAGUGUGAUUUGGCUGCCAUCAUUCGAUCUGGCCAGCCUCUUACCGAUGCCCAUUUCCAAUCCUUUAUCUACCAGAUUCUUUGUGGUCUGAAGUACAUUCACUCCGCCAAUGUGCUCCAUCGAGAUCUCAAGCCCGGAAACCUGCUCGUCAAUGCCGACUGCGAGCUCAAGAUUUGCGAUUUCGGUCUUGCCCGAGGUUUCUCAGUCGAUCCCGAGGAGAAUGCCGGAUACAUGACGGAGUACGUUGCUACCCGAUGGUACCGUGCGCCCGAGAUCAUGUUGAGCUUCCAGAGCUACACCAAAGCGAUUGAUGUUUGGUCUGUUGGUUGUAUUCUCGCUGAGUUGUUGGGUGGUCGACCUUUCUUCAAGGGCCGUGACUACGUCGACCAGCUCAACCAGAUCCUUCACAUUCUUGGAACGCCUAACGAAGAGACCCUCUCUCGCAUUGGCUCACCCCGUGCCCAGGAAUACGUCCGCAACCUACCUUUCAUGCCCAAGAAGCCAUUCCCUAGCCUGUUCCCUCAGGCCAACCCUGAUGCUCUCGACCUUCUCGACAAGAUGCUCGCUUUCGACCCCUCGUCUCGUAUCAGCGUAGAGCAGGCUCUCGAGCACCCUUACCUCCACAUCUGGCACGAUGCCUCAGACGAGCCCGACUGCCCUACCACAUUCAACUUCGACUUCGAGGUCGUUGAGGAUGUUGGCCAGAUGAGAGGCAUGAUUCUGGACGAGGUGAUGCGAUUCCGACAGACUGUCCGCACUGUUCCUGGCCAAGGUGGCCCCGCCGGUCUCCAGAACCAGCAAGGUGUGCCCGUCCCUCUGCCUCAGGGCAACGGCCAAUGGACAGCGGAGGACCCCCGACCACAGGAGUAUCAGGGUCAUGGAAAUACGGGGCUCGAGCAGGAUCUCCAGGGAGGACUUGAUGCCUCUAGGAGAUAA